AUGGCUGUCCUUGGCCUCCUUCCGAACCCAAACUGGCCUCAGCAGCCUCUUCCUCCCCGUCUGGACAGGCAGUAUACGGCAAUCACGGCUGAGAACGCUCAGGGGCUGUUUCCCCCAGACGCCUGUAUUUUCGUCGGAAAUCUGAAAAUUACCCUCGAGGACAAAGACCUGGUACGGGAUAUCCAGCAAAGGUUCUCUACAUUCGGUCCAUGUCAUGUCAAGGUCAAGCGUGACAAGCGGAAAAUCCCCACAGCCUUUGUGCAGUUCGAGAAAGUUGAACAUGCCGUAGCUGCACUGGCAGAGAACGAUAUCAUCAAGCUUCACGACCGCUGGCUGAGAAUCGAAAAGAUCAAAGGAAAGAGAACCGCGCGCCUUGGACUCCGGUCUGGGCACCAAGUCUCUCCACAUGACUUUGAAACGGCUCUCACUGGCCGAGGCCAUUUUGAAUCAUGUUUUCUUGAAGAAGUCAUCUUCCUUGACCUGGGAUUUCUCACGACCGUCUUCACAGUGACAUUCGCCUAUAUCGACGACUUCAGAGACGCCAUCAAGGCCUUCGAAAGGCAUCCGAUCUACUACUUCCAGCCGUUGGACAUUGAAGGCAGUCCCACGUUUUCCUGGGUGCUCCCGCAACCCUCCGGCCCCAACCCUUCCUUCAGACGCUCGCGCAGCAAAGAAGCCCGCGAUGCCAUGCGGGACCAGGGUCGUUCGCGGGUGCCUCCCCCCGCCGAGUUUCAGCCAAAGACUGGCAAUGGCAAAACCGUAGAAGACUACACCCGAGAAAUCAACACCCUCCCACACUUCGGCUUGAGCGAGGACUUGGUCCUCGACGUGGUCGAAGAAUUGGAGGCAGAACAACGACAUAAGUGCCUCAGGGAAGAGUGGACCGGGUCUUCCUCCAGCGGCAGCGAACCCACGCCUGCUUCAACUACCGAUAACAAUUCGACAACACCCAACGACUCCUCCGCUGGUUGCACGGACGGAGACGAAUCGACUUCGAACUCCCGCUCGCACUCCAAACACUCGUCCAACACAGCGUCCGCCCCUAGCACUGCCGACUUCGAGUCUCUCAUCGAGUCGACAUCCACCUCCACCACAACUUUCACUUCCUACCUGGAAGUCGUCCCAGAGUGCGUAGGAGAAUCCAGCCGAGGGCGACGAUCCGGAAGCCGCAGUGUUUCAGUGAGCACCGGCUCAUCCGCACGCCUACGAUUGCGCUCCUGCAGCUCUAGCGCCGAUUUGCCGCCUCGAAAACCCGAUAUCGAACUAUUUUUCGGCAACGGAGACAACGACAAUCACAACAACCACAACAACGACAAGACGGAGGAACCGUCAAUCUCGGGCUUGGACUCGAACACCAUCGAGUUCAAGUCCUCCUCCAACUCUAACUAA